GACCUCUUCAGAGCCGACUCCAAGGAGGACCUGUACGACGACAUCGGUCCCCGGUCCCAGAAGGAGGAUAGGAAGUCCCCAGGAGAUUCUCACCACCCUGAGGACCACCCUGAAGAAGACGAGGUGUACGACGACGUGCUACCGAGAUCCCUCGAAUCUCCGAAAGAAGCCACCUCAACGGAGAAUAAAAAACCCCAGUACCAGGAAUCACCCCCAAGACCUCCAGGCAGUCUCGAGGACCCUGAAGAGGACAAGAUCUACGACGACGUGCUGCCCAGGUCCUUCAAAUCCGCGGAAGGGAUCAAUUCUAGUGAGAAUAAAAACCCUCAGGUACUUGGAUGUUCCCCAAAAUCUGUGAAAAAGGGUCCAGGAAACCUGGACGACCCUGAAGAGGAGAAGGUCUACGACGACGUGCUGCCCAGGAGUUCAGAAAUCCUGGAAGAGACGAGCGAGAAGAGUCCUCGAGUGGCCUCGAAGACUCCUACGAAGGAGGAGGUCGUCCUCGAUUCCGGUCUUCAGGGUGUCUCCAGAAGGUCUGGGGAUCUUCAGGGGGUCGUGAAGAUGUCCGAGGGUCUUCAGGGUGUCUCCAAGAUACCUGAGGAGGACCCUGAAGACCAGUACCUCGCCAUUGGGAACGAUUAUUCCACGGUGGAGGAGCGUCAGGAUCGGGAGCAGAUCCUCUACGACGACGUGAGGCCUUCCCAGUCCUGCCAGGAAAGGGUCAACAGCCUUUACGCAGGAUCUAGCGGUGGAUCGCAACUUGGAUCGUCCUCUAACGGAAAGGAAUCCGAGUGGGAGGACCUGGAGGAUGCGUCCAGCUCUCUCCCAGGACAGGGACGAGGUCCUGGAAGAAAUGGACCACGUGUUAGAAGCGGGGAGAUACAGACACCUGGCAAGAAGAAAUUCGCCCAAAGGUGGUCCAGGAAGGUGAGAAGACAACGCUCGAAGGCCUCGAAAAAGAGUCCUGCCAGGAUUACGAAACGAAAUUCCUUCUCUUCUGACGCAGCAUCCGAUGACGGGAACUACGAGACACUGUAUCCUUUCCAACCGGACGACUUCAGCACGGAUUCCGAGACGGAAAACUCCAGCAAUGACAGGACCCAGGGAGAGACGUCUCUCCCUCACUUGGAGGCUCCUUCGAGGCCAACCCCGCCACCUCCUAGAGAAGGAAGUCUCACCCACUCCCUGGGGAAGCGGAUGAGGAUGCUAAGGAGGACCUGGAGCAUCACCAAGGGCAGCCUGGGGAAGAUGAGACGAAGAGCCUCCGGGGACCAGGACACCUCCGUCGAAGACUCGACCUUGAAGGAGAGCUCCGAAGGCUCCGGAGACCACAGGAAGUACUUCAGCUUCAAGAAGCACUUCAGGAAGGGCUUGUCAGGCCUUUCGACCUUCUACCUGGAGAACAGCGGCACUGGAAGCGAAAAUGGGACCUGCAGAACCAAGGAGGACUCCAAGGACGAGAUCUACAACGGCAGCAAUUGGUACUCCGAAGUGGGGCUGUAUAACGAUGACUCUUCGGUGUACUCCGAGAGGGCUAGUAUAGAUCAUUACACGGUCCUUGCAGAGGAGCCACUCUAUCAAUUUUAUGCAGCUGCAGCUGCCAGAGUAGCUUUUGAAUCGGAUUCAGAUGGUUACGAAGAGGUGGAAGAAACAAUGCCAGCAGCAACGGAGUUGGCAAAGCCAGGCCAUCGAACUCUCUGGUGUCAGACUCCUCAAGUGAUCCACAGUGGGCUUCUGCAGAGUCUCACCUUGGAGCAGAAGAAAAUCCAAGAAGCAAAGUUUGAAGUUGUCACCUCUGAAGCUUCCUACUUGAAUUCCUUGAGGGUUUUACAGGACGAGUUCCUAGAGAACCACGAGCUGGUUAACGAAAUCCUAACCUCUGCAGAAAAGGAAAAGCUCUUUGGAGGCAUUGCCAGGGUUGCUGCUUCCUCUGCAAAACUCCUGGCAGAGCUUGAAAUUAUCUGGAGAGCUGACCCGAUGUUGAAAGGUCUGCCCGAAGUCCUCACGAAACAUGCUGAAGCCAGCUGCAAAGCCUACGUUGACUAUUGCUCGAAUCAAGUUAACAUAGAUACGACUCUUAAAGAACUGAGGGCAAGAAAAACCUCAAAGUUCGCAGAAACGGUAUCUCGCAUAGAAUUGCACCCUGCAUGUCAGAAUUUGUCGCUGCAUUCCUUUCUAAUGCUGCCGAUGCAGAGAGUGACGAGAUUGCCUUUAUUGGCUGAUGCUGUCUUAACGAAGCUCCCUACCGAUCACGAGGAGAGACCUAGAUGGGAAAAGGUUUUAUCGAGCCUAAGCAGUGUCGUCGCAGAAUGUAACGAAGGAGCUAGGAUCGCUGGACAGAAAAUCGAGAUGGAUGCUUUGGCGAGAAAAUUGGAAUACUCCCAGAAAGUUACGCCAGUUGUCUUAAGGGACCGGUUUUUAGUGAGAAGCGGACCAGUGGUGCAAUUGACAUCGAGGUCAGACACAGAAUACAAAUUAACAUUUGGCAGGAAGUACCAUAAGGUGCAGCUGCAUCUUUUCCUGCUGACGGAUUACCUUCUAGUCGCCAAACUGAAAUCAAACAGCCACGAUGACACCUACACUGUCGUGGAUACCUGUAAGAGAAAUCUCGUGGCCUUGGAGUCUGUUUCGGAGGAUUCACCCUUCACAGGGAGACAUGCAAUGAUGCUAACUCUUCUGGAGAACUCUUCCAGUCGACAGGUUGAAUAUAUUUUGACCUGCGAAAGUGAUACAGAAAAGGAACGAUGGCUCGAUGCAGUCUCUCCACCGAAGCCUUGCCUUGUCGGAGAGACUCUUUACGAGACAUGGGACUGUCCCCAGAUGAUGGCCUUGUAUUCCUAUUCCCCGAGGCAACCGGAUGAAUUAACUCUGCAACCUGGGGAAGUAAUUAACGUUCUUCGGAAAAUGGCUGAUGGCUGGUACCAUGGCGAGAAGUUGCUGGAUGGUCAGCAGGGCUGGUUUCCUGGUAACUAUGCCAAAGAAGUUGCUUCGGAACAUGUUCGAGCCAGGAACCUCAGACAACGGCAUCGACUCUUGGCACUCACAGGCAGUGUCUUGCAGGGAAGGGCCAAACAAUCUUUCGUCGUUCACACUCCGUGAGUUUCAAGGAAGCUACGUCGUCAGACUCGUUCUAGUCAAUUUUCCUUACGGUCCAUGGAUUACUCUUCGAGGGAAAAAACUGCAUUGGUUGACAUCGCAUACAAUGGUUUGUACACUGCACAGUGAAUAUUAUUUUUACCGCAAGAAAACUCUAACCUGGUCGGCUGUAUUUCAUAACACAUUAUGUAUAUGUAUAUUAUAGGUGUAUACAAAUAUUUCUAUAUAAAAACAUUUCCAAAAAAUUAGGAAAAUAUAUUCUGACCAAGUUACGAGUUAACAUCAAAUGCUGUCGCAUCUAUUCUGGUAUGGAGGAAAGUUAACGGGUAAGCUUUCCUCGAUAGAUUAAUUAAUAAAUCCUAUUUAAUACUGCCAAUUUACAUGUCCGGCUGCCGUUAUCCGUCGAUAUUCAUUGAUGAGAGUCACUGGUUAAGUAAAAGUGAGGUUAAGUGAGGUUAAAGACACGCUUCUUCGUAACACUGCACUGUACAGAGACUGAAACGUAUGUACCUUACGCUGUACAGCACGUGAUUCUAUGCAAGUGUUUUAAUUAGAAGUUCAAGUCCACCCAGAAGUUCCCUGCAAUUAUUUAAACAGUAUUAAAGUGCAUUUCGUUGGCUGUCACUGGUUCACGCAACUCAAUUGGUGAAAUUCAUACUUUCUUUUUUCGUGCAGAAUUACUGUUAUGUAG